AAUAUUUUCGCUGUCUGAUCGCGAUCCUCUUAUUGUUCGAGCGGGUUACAGAACGCGCCACACAACUCUUGUGUCACGUCUCUAGGUCACGUCUCAUUGAUUGAGCACGGCUACGUGUCAUCCAUUGACCUUGUAUCUGAGGACUUACGACGACACCAGGGCCGCUGGGCUACUACCAAAGUCUGCAUCGACCCCACCAUGGCCGUGGAGGAGGAGAGUUUCGAGGGCAUACCGCCCGACGAGAAUCGUGAGAUUUGGGACGAUGCCGAGUACAAAUUCUGGACAAACUUCCAGACCGAGUGCAAGGAGUGGCGCGACGCGCGCGAGGCCAAAUACAGCCAUGAGACAACCGAUCUGCGCGUUCAAUUGAGCGAGCUGAGCGGCAAGCGCAAUGCGAUAUAUGAGACCUACACGCGCCUCCGAGCACAGCUGGCCCAGACGGAAGACGAGUUGAGCGACGUCUCGCAGCGCCUGGCAGCCAAGGAGUCCGAGUUCGGCAGCUUGAAUGAUGUUCAUCGCAUCGAUGUGGAAACGAAGCACAAGGAAUGGGAACAUCAAAUGAGGGUCAUGACCAACUUUUUCCGCGAGAAGCGAGGCGACCAGCCUUUACCCGACGAUGCGACCAUUGAGCCCCCUGAGUUUAUGGCGCCGCCUAAGCUCCUACCAGAGUACCGCGCUCGCCCUCUCCCGAUCGUGCCAUCACCACCUCGUGGACAAUCUUUUGAACCACCACCGCCAGCGUCCACGACACCACCUGCAGCAGCACCCCCAACCGCACCCAAGUCAGCGCCCCCCAGUGAGCCGUCGCACGAGGAAAUCCUGGCCAGGGAAGCACUCGCUCAGUCCGCGCUUGUCCCAUCACCUGCAAAGCCGUCUCCACCCAAGGCCCCUACUCAUCCUACACCAAACGGACACUGGGAUAUCGUUCGUCGGGAAGGGCGCCCCCAGUCCCCGCCGAGGGCGUACCCUGUACCGCAACCACAGCCACAACACCAAGAGCAACGGCGCCCUGAUGCCUCGACGAGCUGGCCGACAGUGGAGGAUGCACAAAGUCGCGCUGCCCAUGAUCACGAGGUGCGACAGCGGGAAGAGCGCGAGAAGCGAGAGUGGGAACGACGCGAGCAGGAAUUACGCGAAAGAGAUAUCCAGGAGCAAGUGCGCGAGCGUGAGCGUCGUGACAGGGAGGCCGUGCGCGAACGGGAGAUUGCUCGUGAGCGAGAAUCCCGUGAAUGGGACCGCUGGGAGAGGGACAAGCGUGCGCUGGAAAUUCUCGAAAGGAAACGCCUCGAAAGAGAUAUCCGCGAACAAGUCCUUCCACCACCAAGGUCAUUAAGUCACGCGCCUACAAUCCAGACGCAUUCUCUCCCACCUCCGUCAGGGGUUGGUUCUCACGAGUGGGCCGACACUCUACACGCCGACCGUGAUCGCCUGAGCCGCUAUGCCUCCCACAACGGAGAUCGUCCGAUUGCUGGGACGCCAGUUGAGGCCUCACAGUCUCUCCCCAGCGCUGGUCACACGCCACAACCGUCGACAUCAUUGCACAACACGCCUCAGCAUCGCUCCAUCUCGGCAAGCCAGACUCCUCGGGGCCUUACCCCACAGGAACCAUCGCCGGCGCUGCCAUCGACGCAGACUCUACCCUCGCUAUCGCAGCAGAGACUGCCACCGCCGUCCGUGUUGGAUAGCCGACCCCCUCACUCCCAUGCUCAUGCUCAUGCUCAUGCUCAUGCCCAUGUCCACCCGCAUUUCCAUGCCCCAGAACCCGCGCAUCCUCAUCAUCUGGGUCAUCCCCAAGCCAUCGCCCCUCAGCGUCCCGAGCACCAGCGUCAGCAACAUGCGCCGCCUCCGCAUCGUCAACCCCCGAUGCCCGCGGCUCAGGCUCUUCCCUCUAUGAGGCAUUCUCUACCUACGACGGGGGGCUUUAGACCAGCCAACGGCGGGUUCACUCCGGCGAAUCAGCCUGUGACCAGCAGACCUCAAUCACCAUUGGUAGCCACGCCGGUGGCGUCGGCACGCAACUCCCCCUCGGCCCCGGAAAGGCCAAGCGAACCUCUGGUGGAGAUCAACCGAGAUAACCUUGUGUUGCGACACGAUGGGACUGUCUACACGUGGCCUGAGUGCAUGGCAGGCGUCCCGAGGCGCAAGAUCCACCCCGGCGACCCAUACUGGGAACCCGACUGGAAGGACGUACGGUCAGAAGUCGUUGAGGCAAAAGAGCGAUGGCAUCAGAAGCACCAGCGCGCUAUUGAGCUCGAGGCAAAGAAGGAGAAGUCGGGGUCCAGCAAGUACCAGAUUGGGAGACAAGUCAACCGCGGCACCAAGAUCCUCGAGUUUCUGGAUGACGAGGACCAGAUCAGCCCUUACCAGCUCCUCGCGAAGCCAUUUAUGCACGCCUCCAAGGGCGGCAUCACGUCUUAUGAUACCCUUUUCCGUCUCUGCGAAACUCUGUCCGAGCUCUCCAAAUUCCACCUGGAUAUCUCGCCCGUGGACUGGAUGCGCCAUCGCCUAUACGAGAUUAUGCUCGAGAGCCCAGACGGCUCUUUCAAUCUGCCCAAGAUCGUGCACGAUUUCUACCAUGAUCCCAAGCUGACCGACCUUCGCCAUAAGCAUGGUUAUAAGAAUAUCGGACGGCCCUCUGGUCAGACAAGGGGUGGUCGCCAAAGCACUGGUCCCGGCGCAUCAGAAACAACGCCCAAGCAACCACGCAAGCGCAAGAGCGCUGCCUCUACACUGGGGACCCCCCAUGAUGAGAGUGAACCCGUGCCGUCUAAUCCCAUGGUCAUUCACGAUGAAGGCCCCUUUCUCCAAGCACGAUCGGCUAUAGCCAAAAAGCCGCGCACCGAGGACUGGGAGCGCCUCGAGGUCAGCGAACCGGAAACAGCACACCAAGUAGAGGUGCAGCCAGCAGCCACGCCCCAAAACGCGGGUGAUACACCCAAAGGAGAGCACGCCAUGAAUGGUUCACAUGAGAUGUCGCGAGACAUUGCAUUGAAAGUGUAGAUCACGCAUUUCUGGAGGCACGCAUGAGCCAGCAGGGUUACUCUUUGUCCUGGACAUCUGGCACUGCGAGGUGUCACUGACUCAAGUUUUUCCUUUUUUGUUUCUCAUCCACUGUUUCUUAUCGAUUCGACUCUCCCGAGGAGAGGCAGCCCUUUUCCCUUUCUUUUCUUUGUUUUUGCGCAGCUUUGAUUUCACCUUUGCUGAGCCAUCACGGGAACCAACUUCCUCGCCAUCCAGCCUUAGUUUCUUUUUCUUC